AAUGAAUUCACUGUUUUCAAAACUGAGAUUGACUGGAAAGAUAGCAAUCAUAACGGGUGGUGCAAGAGGUAUCGGUAAAAACUUUGCCAAAACAUUGGCUCAAGCAGGAACCCAGUCUGUGGGUCUCUUGGAUUGGGAUGCUACUGGUUGUCAUAAUACGUGUGAUGAGUUGCAACAACAGUUUCCAGAUACACUAUUUAUACCGUAUCAAGUGGACGUCUCACAAAAGGAGUCGAUUGAAAAGGUCAUCGACGACUUUGCCAACAGUCAAGGAAAACGACUUGAUAUUGCUUGUAACAACGCUGCAAUUAUAUAUAGUGGUAUCGACGCUUCCUUUGCUGCAGAGAAUACAAGUUUAGAACAAUGGCAAAAGACCAUACAAGUCAAUCUUACUGGAGUGUUUCUGUGUUGUCAAGCGGAAGCCAAGUGGAUGAUACCCAGAAGAUAUGGAAAAAUCAUCAACAUAGCUUCCAUGUCAGGACACAUCGUCAAUCAUCCUCAAAAACAUGUUGCUUAUCAUACUGCCAAAGCAGGCGUAGUCCAUUUGACGAAGACUUUGGGAGCUGAAUGGGCUGAGAAAGGAAUUCAUGUGAAUUGUAUUUCACCAGGUUAUAUGGAUACUUGGCAAACUGCUUUCGAACAAGUAAAACCAUUGCGAGAAUACUGGAUACAGUUGACUCCUGCUAAACGAUUGGGACAAGUAGAAGACUUGGAAGGUCCUUUUCUACUGUUGGCAAGUGAUGCAAGUUCAUUUAUGUAUGGUUCAGAAAUAAUUGUUGAUGGGGGUUAUUGUCUUUGGUGAUAAAGAAAUACUUUUCCUUUCAC